AUGAAUUUAAUUGAUAUAUUAAUUCAAUCAUUUAAGGUUGAUUACCUUAUCUCACUAAUACUAAUUAUAUCUAUAUUAUCAAUUCUAGUGAUCAAGGCAAUUCCUUCCUUAAAUAUCUUAUUACAAUAUGGGAAAACAUUAACAUUGUCUUCUACAAACCUCAAUUCAUAUUCAUAUAUUGAAAACUUAUCUAAAUUAACGGUACCUAAAAAAUGGUUUUUACAUUUCUAUAUCAUAUACUUUACAUUAUGUAUCAAUUUAGGGUUCAUAAUAUUAUUAUUAUCAUACUCUGAUACUAAUACUAAUUUCAUAAAAUCAUGGUGGAAAUCAUAUAUUUUUGAAUCAAAUAAUUCUCUUUCAAAUCUGUUGGUAAUAUAUUAUCUCAUAUUUUUCCAAUCGAUAAGAAGAUUAUAUGAGAGCAUAUAUAUUACUAAAUUUAGUUCUACCGCAAGAAUUAAUAUAGCUCAUUAUUUGGUAGGUAUGAUGUUUUAUAUAACAAUUACCUUAAACACAUUUAUUUCCAUUAUUCCACAAUUUUUAUUUAAAACAAAUCUCAAACAUAUCCCCAAUAAUUAUAUUAUUCAAUUUAUAUUGAUUUUAAUAUUUAUUAUUGCAUCAUUUGAUCAAUUUUUCAAUCAUUAUUAUUUGGCACUGCUUAAGAAAUAUACUGUCCCAACUAAUAGACUUUUCAAAUAUUUGGCAGCACCUCAUUAUUUUGAUGAAAUUAUUAUUUAUUUAAUAAUUGCAAUACUAUCAUGUUUAAAUAAUAAUAAUUUUGCAACAAAAUUAAAUUAUUGGUUAAGUUUUACAUUUGUUUUGGUAAAUCUUACAAUUAGUUCAAUUGAAUCAAAUAAUUAUUAUAAAAGACAAAAUGUUGGUAAACAAUGGUCAAUUAUUCCAUUCAUUAUAUAA